GGGGGGGGGGGGUUGAGUGUCCCACGUUGGCUAGGGAUAGGAGAUUUGGUCUCUUAAUCUGGCUUGGGCAAUCUUCCUCCCUUUGAGCUAGUUUUUUAGGUUGAGUUAGGCCCAAGAUUCAUUCUUUACAAAUCCUGUCAUACUUAAAAAAUUAGAUCUAACAAUUGUGCCCUAAGUCAUCUCCCUCCGUCUCGCUGUCUCUCUCUCUCUCUCUCUCUCUCUUUCAGAAAUUAGUAGAUAGGAAAGGUCAAGACGAGUAUAUGAUCCCAUAUCUUUUUUAGGCAAGUAUAAGGACAACCAGUUAAAUAGUUGGUUUUUCUGACUUAUCCUUCUUUAAUUUUUGGAGUAAUUCUGACAUCUUCUUGGUUAGCAAACUGUUGUGAAGCCAUUCUUCCGGCUUAAAGCCGCUAAUGGUCCUUGUAAUUUAUUCUUUAACGAUUUCCAUUUGCAGCUUUUCCUUGUAAAAAAACUAGUGACAACGUAUUUUUUUAUCUUUGGGGAGACCAAAAAGCCAACAAGGUUAGGUAAGGUGAGACUAGACAAGCAUUAAGUUCCAUAUAGAAAGUACAAGAAACUGAUGGAGUUCUCUAUGUAAAACUGUCUGAUUGCUGAAACUUUGUGCGAAUUCUUUAAGAGCUUUCUGAUUUCAGUGGAUUUACGUCAUGAGGGACAGGUGGCCAAGAGGUAAAAAGUGGCUUAAAUUGGCAUCUGUAGAAACAAUCCCGCUUGAACUGCUGAAACGAAGCACUACAUCAAGGGAAACAAAUGAAGAAAUGGAUGAUAUUUUAGAGACCAAGGGAAAUUGGCUUCCUAAUGACUUACUCUUUAAGGUUUUUCUUCUACUUCCAGCUGAAACUCUCUGUGGACUGCGUUGUGUAUGCAAGUCGCUUCUCAACAUGAUCAACAGUCCGACUUUUAUUGAAGAUCAUUUUCGUCAAUCUGAGACAGUUCUAAUUACUCAAAACUCCUUUCACGAGAAAAAAAAUGUACGGUCACCUUUUCCACUACCUUCAGAUAAGCCAAACGAAUGUUAUUUCCAUUUCUGGGACAUCCACAGCGGCGAAGGCCACAAAGCUUGUAUGCCAAAUAAUUUGAGGAACAUAAAUUCUGUUUUGGCUGCCUGCAAUGGUUUGGUCCUGGCCCAGAUUAGGAACAAUGAAGGUCUAGUUGUGAUAAAUCCAAGCACACGGAACCACAUCAGAGUGCCUCUUGGUACUAUUGGCUUCGUGAAGGAGUGCUACGGAUUCAUGUUUAGCCACUUCACUGGUGUUUAUAAAGUAGCACACUUGUUCCUCGAUGUAUCUAGAAACAUUCACUGUGAGAUCCUAAACCUUACGACAAGAUCGUGGCAUGCAGUAGAUGGACCUAAUCCAGAGGAAUUUGGAUCGAUCACUACUAAUAGAUGUGUUUCAGCAGUUGGUGCUUUAUAUUGGCUUCCAAAGAGCGAUGGCUGUAACCAUGUUAUCUCCUUGGGAUUUCAUGAUGAGAAGUUUCUAACCGUACCGCUUCCCAUCAGCAGCACCAAAAACGAUCGACUUGUUGAGAUUGGAGGCUCAUUGAGCUUCAUAACUCAUGCCACGUUGAAUUUGAUUCAGGUAUGGAUACUGAAGAGUGGAAAUUGGUUAAAGAGAUAUAGCAUCAAUAGGUUGUAUGACAUCACAGGGUUUGUUCCCCUUUGUGCUUCGACGAAGGAAAUGUUUUUCAGGAGAGAAGGAUGCCCUUUGUUACAUAUUUACAAUUUUGAAACUGAAGAAAUGCAGGGGGUCAAUUUUGAAAGCACCAAGAGAAAUGACGAUUUGCAAUUUUGCAUGCCUCAUGUAAAGUCCCUUGUUUCAUGGGAUAGUCAUCUACUUCAGUAGGAUGUGUAAAUAUUCAACCAUGACCCUUUGUGGUGUUAAAACUUUGGAAACUUAUUAUUGAAGGAUUUCAAUAUUGUAUUUCAAA